AUGGAAGGUGUAACUCAGGUGCAUGGAGCAUCGGUGCUGGAGCAACAUCAUCUCAGCCGAGUGGUUGCGCCCAUUCACCGUGAGAACGAGGAGGCACCAAGCCGGAGUAUGCGGAGUGUAGCGCCGGCGACUGGGUCCUCCGCCCUGGAUGCCAGCGAAGCAGAGGGACCCUGGAGCGCGGAGCGGAAAAACGACGCGGCGGCAAUGUCACCUGUGUGGAGCCGUGUGAUGCUCGUUCCCUCCAAAGGGCCGGUUCUGACCAUAGUGCCGAAAUCGCAAGACAGCGUCAAAGUUCAGGUUCAUGUGUCCAAACCGUGGCGCUCUGGAGGAGUGGUCCAAACAGCUCAUCGGAGAAUACGUGAUCAUCCAGCGACUCCUGACGAUGUGGAGCCUGAUGUGGAGCUGCAUCAUCAUUUGUCAUGCCAUGGUUCUGGACACCGCCACUGUGGCGGCAAGCCUCUUCUCUGCAUCAGUCUCCUUGCUCUUCUGCUUCUUCCUCUAUCCCUGUCCUGUUACAGCAAAAGGCCUCACCAAGAAGUUCGAGACGAUUACCGCGUAAUCGUUCAAAUUGAUAUCAGCAACGCAAAUAGAAAUAUCGCAGCCUUGCUGCAUAACUCAUCCUGCCCAGUCCUGAAACAAAAGCAACAUAACUGCAUUUCAAACAACAUGGUUGUCGUGAGCACCUUGCACCUCCUAACCUGCAAAAUGAAGAGUUUGAACAUAUCCCAGACAGAUGGACUGACCACGUCCGUCCUAAACUCGAUACGUUGCCCUUGUCUUCGGAAACCCACCAAAGAGCCCAACGUGAAGUCAAAGAGGAGGAGAGCAACGAAACAAAGAAGAAACAAGCAGAAAAUAAGGAGGAGGGAAACUAAAAAACUUUGCAGAGCCGAGGCAAUCCUGUCUUCCAUGACCAAUUGCUACCAGAUGCUGAACACGAUACUGAUCGACAACUGAGAGCAAACUCAAGUUCAUUGUGAAGCAGAGAACUUCCUGCCCGUUCUUCUGUCCUCAUGCUGCUUCAUUGGAUUGUGCGAGGACGCUUCUGCUUCAUUUAAGCUAUAUAUCCGUUCAAGUGCCAGUGUGUCUGUGUUGCAACUGUUUGGGAUGUUUGUGACGACUGACUGUGUGCAGAGGAAUGUCGGGCUGGUAACUGCAGACUCGACAAAAAUGGUGGACGAUGGACGUUACCAAAUAAGCUCUUAAAAAGUAAAUUAUACAAAUGUAAGCUACAAACAUGCAGCUGAAAGUAUUUUUGCAUAUGCUAUGACAUUUACUUGCACUUAAUAGCCAUGACGGCUCAAGCAUGAGCGGGAAAUAUUAAUGGUUCUCAAAUAGUUUUACUUUCACUUUGGAAUAGAAUAACGAGCCGUGGCACAUCUGUUAUUUCUCUUUUGUCUGGGGAGUUGUUCUCGGCUGGAUGUCAAGUCAUUGGUACUCUGGUUGAAAUGAGCUCAGUGUGAUUGAUGUGUUAAAAGCACAUCCUGCCACAGAUGGCUGAGUUCAGCUCACCCACACUGGUCUGGGAUUCAGCUAAAAGCUUUCCUGUCAAAUUCACUCAGUGCUUUGAUUAAUGGUGCCUGCCUGCUUAACUUUAAUCAGGAUUGUGCUGUAGUUUGGGAGCCAAAUGUGGUGUUUUAUAUCAUUUUUU